UAGUCUCAGAGCCGGAAGUGAGGUACCUUCGAGUUGCAGGCUGCAGUGGCGUUUAAAGCUGAGUGAUCCUGGUACCAAUGGAGACACCCUGCUCCUCCAUUCAGGCUCCAUCCCGAGCUAGGAGAAGCCCCCAGAGUUCUGGCAGCCUAUAGAAGAGAAUUGAGUCAGAUCGCAACGUAUCCGGCGCACCACGAAAGAGCCGAAUCAUUGAGGGCCUCCGGAAACCCCGCCCUUAGGAAGGGUCGGGUAGCCUCUCUUAGGUGGAAGAAGCCUGAAGGAACCGCCCUGGGGCGGAGACGCUGGCCAUGACCACGCCUCCGGGGGCCGGUCCCGCCACUUUGCGCUUUGCUGCGGCAGCCAGCUGGCAAGUCUUGCGCCGACGCAGCGUGGAGCACUUUCCGAGAGUACUAGAGUUUUUGCGAUCCCUGCGCGCUGCUGCCCCGGGCUUGGUUCGCUACCGGCACCAUGAACGCCUGUGUAUGGGCCUAAAAGCCAAGGUGGUGGUGGAGCUGAUUCUGCAGGGCCGGCCUUGGGCCCAGGUCUUGAAUGCCCUGAAUCACCACUUCCCUGAGUCUGGACCUGUGGUGCGGGACCCUAAAGCCACAAAGCAGGAUCUGAGGAAGAUUUUGGAGGCACAGGAGACUUUUUGCCAGCAGGUGAAGCAACUGUCAGAGGCCUCUGUAGAUUUGGCUUCAAAGCUGCAGGAACUUAAACAAGAGUAUGGGGAACCCUUUCUGGAUGCCAUGGAAAAGCUGUUUUUUGAAUACAUGUGUCAGCUGGAAAAAGCACUGCCUACCGUACAGACACAGCAGCUUCAGGAUGUGCUGAGUUGGAUUCAGCCUGGAGUUUCUAUCACCUCUUCUGUUGCCUUGAGUCAAUAUGGUGUGGACAUGGGGUGGCCACUUCCAGAGUGCUCUGUUUCUGAUUCAGUGAACCUGACAGACCUCAUAGAACAAAAUCCUCCUCUGCAGCCAGCACUAGCACUCCAUAGUCCACCAAAAGCCAAGCUUGACCUUCAGAGACCAGCUUCAAGGAAGCACCCAGAACCUUUGGCUGGCCACCACUUCAAUCUGGCCCCUCUGGGUCGACGAAAAAUCCGGUCCCGAUGGACAUCUGCAAGGGGAGGCCAUAAGGAGCGCCCCAUGGUCAUGUUGUUCCCCUUCAGGAAUUUGGGCACACCAGCCCAGGUCAUAUCUAAACCUGAGAGCAGAGAAGAGCAUGGAAUUCACACAGAAGACACAUCAGAUGCUGUGGGCACAAGAACAGCCAUCACUGGGAAGUCUAAGAGUCCAUCUCAGAUUCUGGGGGAAAGGGCUCUAAAGGAGCACCCUGCUGACUUGUCUGCCUCAGAGCAAAAAGAGAAUUGCUUGGAUUGCUAUGUAGAUCCCCUGAGACUAUCAUUAUCGCCUCCUAGGGCCAAGAAUCCAGUGUGUUCUCCAUCUCUGUGCAGCUCCGUCAUUACCAUAGGAGACUUGGUUUUGGACUCUGAUGAGGAAGAAAAUAGCCAGAGGGAAGGAAAGGAGUCUCUGGAAAACUAUCAGAAGACAAAGUUUGACACCCUGAUCCCCACCUUCUGUGAAUACCUCCCCACUUCUGGCCCCAGUAUGGUGCCUGCCCCUUCCUGUGACCACCUAGAUAGCUCUAGACCCCUAUGAUAGUACUGGAAUGCCUUCUUCCUCCUCAGUUCUAUAGGCAGUUUAGUGGGAAUGAAGUGGAAGACCAGGCUUGGAUUGUCUGACUACAUUGCUAAAACUUUGUGAUGCUUGAUAAUUAAACCUUGGAUUUGUUACAACACUGUCUUGAUGUGAGGAAGGACUUCUGUAGGUCAGUGGAGGUAAUUUCUUAGAAACAGAACCAGCUUCUCCACAGCUGGAAGAAUCCCCUUGCCUUUUUACUUCCCUUGGAAAGUGUUAUUCAGAUGUGCCCAGAAUUUGAGAGCCUAGAAAUGUCUUUUUAUUGUUCUGAAAAUACAUGUCCUAAUGCUAGAAUAUACUUUAUAAUCUCUCAUGCUGCCAAGUUAUCUGGGGAUUGUGGCACUAGAAUGGAAAUACUUCAUGGGAAUAAUGCUUAUUGUCCUUGGUCCCAUUGGGUCACUGCUAACCCUACCUCCCUACUUUGGAGCAGCACCCAGAUUCCAGUCUUGUGCAGAAGCCCCAGCAUCUCUUUACAGUCAGUGAGACCUCUUUUUAUUGAGUUAUCUCAAAUAUAUAAACACUUCUGAGCUUUUUAGAUAUUUGAAGAUCUCAUUUAAUGAAGCUGAUAAGACAUAAUUCCAAAAGCCUGCCUCUUCCAGAUCAACGCCAUGUAAAACAUUUCUGAAUCAAUCAGUAUCUUUUAAUCUUCAGGAUGCUGGGUCCCCAGAUACCCAUUCGAUUAUCUUACUUCAUUUUCAGACUGUAUUCUUCCUCACUUCCUUCCCAGUGAGUGCUCUGGGCAUCUUGUAUGUACAAACAGAGAAGUAUAGCGUUAUUACAGGAGCCCUCAGGAGGGAGGCGAUAGGAACUGGCAAAUGCACAGCCACAGUAGCUAGAAUGGGUGAGUAGUCCAUGUGGGAGACCCUGUGGUGAAGUACUGGUGCCUUAAGAGGGCAGAACUACUCGGGUCUAGCGUGUAUCACUGAAGAUUGGAUUCACCUGCUGGGUGACUCGGAUGAAGGUAGUUCUCCGGCUCAACUCCUUUAGCUUAGCUGCUCCCACAUAGGUGCAUGUAGAUCGGAUCCCUCCUAGGAUGUCACGGAUGGUAUGUUCCACAUCCCCUUUAAAGGGGACUUCCACUGUCUUUCCCUCUGAGGCCCUUGAAAUAGGGGGGAAAAAUUACCUUUUCAUUCUAGAUUCCUUAAGCCCAAUGACUCUUCUGUCUCUAACAUUUAACCCCAUGUCACCAUUUUUCUCCUGAGAAUUAUAUCAUCCAUUUCCCAGCAGCCAUGAGCUCUGUCACCAUACUGUACAGUCACAUUCUUCAAGAACCCUCAGGGGCUGGUCCUCCACACAUACCUAUAUUCCGCCACACCACCAGCAUACUUCUUCAUGGCCAUUUCAGAACUCAUUCCAUAGAAGAGUUUGUACUUCUUGCCAUCCCUCUCGAUGAGCUCACCACCUGACUCACUGUGCCCAGCCAGCAUGCCACCCAGCAUCACAAAGUCAGCCCCUGCCCCUGCCAAAAUCAAGGAGGUAGGAAAGAGAUGCUUCUGGCCCAGAUGCCCAAAUACUUCCCCUUCAAAAGCAACUCCUGCCGAAUUCUCAGUCCUGACAGUGUCUCCAGCAUCUUCCGCAUUGUUCUCUCUGACCCACAAUCCACAAAGACCUGCUUUGACCUGGUUUACUCCUCUGUGGGCCUGAUUUCCUCACGACUUUUAAAAAAACCUUUGUGAUUCCCUGCCCAACUUCUGCUCUUUCCUUCUGCUUUCAUUGUCUUCUGAAUAUUUUGUUUUGUUGCUCCCAUCUGAGUAAAACAUUGUAUGUUCCAAGAACAGCAGUCUCUCAAUUUAAUGUGAAUAAGUAUCCCCUGGGAAACUGAAAAUGCACAUUUAUAAUCCCAUUCUUCAGGGUCAGUGGGGUUCAGGAUUUCCCCUGCUAUCUUGCCCCAGGGACACCACAGGCUUCAGGGUCACUGCUUCAUAUUAUGAGAGUUUGAAUGGCUUCUUGAGUUUCUCCUACCCUGACCCUAGAUCCUGAGAGGUGAUACAGCCUCCUCUACAGGAUCAUCCUUCUGUGCCCUCCCAAACUCCUUACCAAAAGCUUUGGCCACAUCCCCAGGACAGCUGCAACCUCCAUCCUGUAAAAUAAAGAGCACAGUGAGGAGAC